CAAAGACUACGUGCUCUGCCGGGGGACUCACUCAGCGGCCACGUCACUCUCCCGGCGUGAGCCUGCGCGCAGUCGCCGCCCUUCAUCUUCCUGCGCUUGUGCACGCCUCGGAAUGUCUCUCCGCGCAUGCGCCGUUGCCGUCUCUGCCGGUGUGUGCUGCUGAGCGUCGGUCGGUGGGAGGGAGAUUGCCGUCUGCUGGAUUCUGCAGUCGGUGUGUUCAGUUGAGUGAUAAAAUGGCAGUUCCACCAGCUUAUGCAGAUCUUGGAAAAGCAGCCAGAGAUGUUUUCACCAAAGGCUAUGGAUUCGGUUUAGUAAAGCUGGACUUAAAAACAAAGUCAGAAAAUGGACUGGAAUUCACAAGUGCUGGGUCUGCCAACAUGGAUACUGCCAAAGUUGCUGGCAGCCUGGAAACAAAAUACAAGUGGGUGGAUUAUGGACUGACAUUCACAGAAAAAUGGAACACAGAUAAUAUUUUGGGAACUGAAAUUACCAUUGAAGAUCAGCUUCUGAAAGGGCUGAAGAUUGGAUUUGACUCUUCGUUUGCACCUAAUACAGGGAAGAAAAGUGGAAAAAUUAAGACCGGUUACAAAAGGGAACACAUCAAUUUGGGAAUUGAUGUUGACUUCGAUGUUGCUGGCCCAGCUAUACGUGGAGCCUUCGUCCUUGGUUUUGAUGGAUGGCUAGCAGGAUAUCAAAUGACCUUUGAAACUGCAAAAUCCAGAAUCUCCCAGAGUAACUUUGCUGUGGGUUACAGGACAGAUGACUUUCAGCUCCAUACAAAUGUGAAUGAUGGUACAGAAUUUGGUGGCUCCAUUUAUCAAAAAAUCAGUGAAAAUCUUGAAACAGGCAUCAAUCUCGCUUGGACAGCUGGGAAUAGCAAUACCCGAUUUGGAAUUGCAGCAAAAUACAAGAUUGAUGAUGAUGCAACAUGCUCGAUUAAAGUGAACAAUUCAAGUCUCAUUGGACUUGGAUACUCUCAAAUGUUAAAACCAGGUAUUAAACUAAGCCUGUCAGCGCUGCUGGAUGGCAAGAAUAUUAAUGGCGGUGGUCAUAAACUUGGCCUUGGAUUUGAAUUUGAAGCAUAAACCUAGAAAUGGAAAGAAUCUACAAUCAGUAAAUUCCCAAAUAUUUUCCACUGUAGCAAUUUGAAGAUCCUGGUGUUUUUUUUUUGUUGAGCCAUGUGUCCAAACGUUGUAAAAUCAAAUCAUCAUCUUUGGGGAUUGUCUUCUGAAGAACAGAAUGCAUUUUCAAAAUGUCAUUAUAUUUAUUGUAUUCCUUAGACAUUUGCAAUUCACCCUUACAUGUCUAUUUUCCCUUCAUGGUGAAGACUGUUUGUAUGUGGUGUAAAAACAAAACACUUAUUGUUGGUUGAAAUUGUGGUCCUUUAUCCCUGCACCUUCUGAAAAGGUUGAUGCGACACAGCCAUAUGGAGAGAUUUGUAUGUUUACAGCAAGUAUUUGUGAUGGUUGGGCUUAAUAGAAAGUUUAAAAAAAACACACAAAAGAAAUUUAGUGUCCCAUCUUUUUGAAAACUUCCCUGUUGUGCUGUUGAUUUAAAGUAUUGUCUUCCAUGUUCUGGAAAUAGUUAGGGAAAUUUGUUUAUCAACCUUGAAUUGAAACAUAUUUAGUAUUAUCUUGUGUGUAUGGUCUUAUUGAAGGCUACAAAAAAACUACAAAAGUAGAAAAUGGUGAAGGGUCAUAUACAGAUGACAGCCAUACUAAAUUACCUUGUACAUGCCUUGAGAAUCCUGAAUCAUUUAUAAAUGUGGGCCAAAAUUAUUUGAGGCCUGCAGAAUGGCUUCUCAGUCUAUCAUAAAUAUCCAUGCCUAAAGUAAGUAAUGUCUAGUGAGUGAAUCUUGGGCAUUCGCUUAGACGAAUGUGGGACAGGAGAAGAACACUGGGAAGGAACUCACUGGUAGGUUUGUAUGAUUGACAGGUCCCUUUAUUUCUCUGCCAGUCAGUUUCUUUUCCAGGGCCAGUACUGUUUGUCUGUAGUCGUCUAUGGUGGGAAGCACUUCCAUCUGAUUUAAAAAGUCUGUGUGUCAGAGCUUUUGGACUAGCUGAAACUAAGGAAAUUUCUAGAGUGGGACAUCCUGGGCUUGUUGCUUUUGAAGUAAGAGGCCAUGUUUGGGUGGAUAUCCAGUGCUUUUAUAUAUUUGUCAUAAGAUGGAUUCUGUAUGAAGAAUCAGCUGUAUUGAAUUUGAAUUACCAAAGUGUUGAAGUGGAGAAAUUUUGAUACCUGCAUCUCUUCAGGAUAAAGUUUUUUUUAAAAAGUCAGUCCAAGCAGGAGUUCUCCUUAUCUGAAGUUAGCUGUUCCUUUUAUUUGAGUUUAUAUAUUUGCAGUGCUUGUAAUGUGUGAAAAUAAUUCAAGAAAUAUGAAAGUAUAGUAAGGAAUAAUGAAUUCAUAAAUAAAAACAAUGCUGGAAAUUUUCAAGUCAGGCAGCAUCUGUGUAGAAUGAAUCAGUUAACUUUUCAGGUUGAUGACUUUAUUAUGAAUUAAUUCACAAGCAUUUUAAUUGAAGCAGGUUAUUUAAACUUGGGUAUUUUCAAACAUUAAUUUUGUUGUCCAUCAUAAUGCAGCACAUAUGUUGAUCAUUCUGAUAUAUUUCUACCACAACUCACUACUACCCUGUUCUUCAAGAUGAACACUUUUUAAUUUGCCUCUAGGUUUAAACCAUGACAUCACCAUGCAUUAACUCUCAUUUUAUUACACUUGAGUGGAGGAAAGUGUUAAAUGUGCCAUUGUGGUUGCUUAAACUAUUUAAAAAUGAAAACUUUUUUGCGCAAGUUAAGUCAUGUAUGGUUCCAAAAGUAUUAUUUGGAAUGGGCAACCAGCAUUCUGGAUUACCUACUUAUAAGUUAGCUUUUCUCUUUGAAGCAUUUUGUAAAAAUGACUCUUUAAAAUUCUUGUAAAAUAAUUUAAAAUUAUAUACAGCUUUAUUUGGAAACCAUUUGAAUUACUGCAUUAUCUCCAUUGUAAUGUAUAAUUUGGAGACCUUGAAAAGCUUUGGUUCUUUGUUAAACCUUUCCAUUGGUUAAAAUUGCAGUAAUUUUUCAGGCUCUGAAUCUCUGUGGUGUGCAACCAAAAGGUAAAUUAAAAUUCAUCUCAGUUGUAUCUAUUAUUCGGGCACUUGGAAGUGCCUUGGUACAAAUGAUGUGCCAUUGAACAUUCUUCCUGGUAAGUGGAGAUGGUUCCAGUCAGGUAUUUGAUAACUUAAAUAUUUAAUUAUUUAGUAAACUCAAUUAUAGUUCCUGCUUUAUAGGAAUUAAUGGAUUGUCCCAGUUUCAGGACCUACUAUGCAAGAUCACUUAUCUCCUGCCCACUCUGAAACUAAUAAAAAUGUUUAAAUAUAUAAAUGUAACAUUAUGCAGUUGUAGGAAAUCUAAUUUAAGGUUAGAAAAAAAAUUCUGCAAAUACUCUGCUGGUACCAUCAGUAACAAAGAUUUUAGCUAAUGCUGUCUGAUCUGUUAAGUUUUUCAAUUUCCUGUUUUUAUUUCCAACUUUGUAAUGUUAUCCUAAAGUUGUUGAAAAUAAUGUUGGUAUAAAUGUAGAAUUUCACAAAGGGAAUUGAUGUCACUUUUGAAAAUUUUGACCAGAUUUCAAGAGAUUUUAAAGAAUGUAUUUAUUCUUUUCAACAUUUAGGCCUUUCAAAACUCAGUAACUUCUCCAGAAAGUAAAUUGCAGAACAUUUCUUGAUCCUCAAAUUCAAAUGUAUAAAUUUUGAACCCAAGUUGUAUUAAAAUAAUCCUGUCACCUUUUUUUUGCCAUAAAUGAGCACUGUGAUUCAUGGCAUGAUGUAUGUGGCCCUUCCCCAUGAAAAAAAUACAUAUUCACUUCAUUGACCAUAGUUUUAUUGAGCGCACAUUUUUUUUGCUUUGUGACUACCCAUGAAAUCUAGAGCUUUCUCACCAAACCUAUUGGGUUAGAAAUUUGUCCUUCAUUGCAUAUACUAACUGCACAGAAUGUUAUUGGUUGGGGAUUAUACUCCAUUUCCAAGAUGUGAUUCCAUUGAGGUCAAUAGAACCAAAUUUUGAAUGUAGUGUACAACAAGCAGCUGAUUGCACAUUUAGUACAUGAGGAUGAAUUUCUGCUCACUUUUUGAUUUAUUUUCCUGAGAAAAUGCUUGUAUCUUCACUCUUUUUCUCCUGAGUUUAAAAGUAUUAAAUGUUAUAGACAGUGUAAUCUUAGCCUCCAAACAAUGGUAUUUGAUUUUUCUCUUGCUUUCAUAGGUCUCCAUGCAACUUGUGCUUUGGCACAGUCUUUCAGUGUUUCAGUACUACACCUGUAUAUUAUUAACUGUUAUUCAAAGUUUAUUUAAUAAGCGGGUGUCUAGUUGCAUCUCAGUUUCAAGCCUGAUUUGAUCGAUAUGUAGGUGCAACUUUUGAUUUAAAGUUUCCCAAUACUGACUUGUUUUGCUUUAUUUCACUUUUUUUAAGAAAAGAUUGAGUAGUGAAGUAUUUAUUACAGUACAGUGCUGUUCACAAGUGUGUGCUUUCUCUGAGAUCAGCAGUUCUAGUUUGCAAUACCUCUGGAAUAAUAGCUCCUCAGUCAGUAUUGGUUGUUCCCACUCGUUUCUGCUAUUUUAGUUUUAUAUAACUAAUUUUAAUGCAACACUAGUCAUACUCUACAAAAUGUAGCUGAAUUAUGAGCUUUUAUACACUGUAUUUCACCCCCAAUGUCAUUCUGGCAAUUGCCAUAUAUGUAGAAAAUUUUCAGUUCUAAUGCAAAAAAAGAACUAAAGGUUGUUAUGGGCGUAUUAUCUUUGUUACAAUUUUUGAUGCACAACAGCUAACGUAUUGAGAACAAUAAAUCUUCUUUUGUGUGCA